AUGCGCUUGUGUGCCCUAGAGUACAACGUGUGUGGACCGGGGCACAGGGCGCCUUCAGCCGGGAGGCGCAGGAGGCGCGGGAGGCGCGGCGCUGCUCCUGCCGUCCUGCCGCCGUCCGCGCGGGCCGUCCGUCCCCUCGGGGCCCCUGGGUCCCGGGCCCGCGGCUCCGGGGGGCGGGCGGGGACCCCCGGGGCCCGCCUGCCACCACCCGGGGGACCGAGGACGCCGCCGGCCGGGCGCCGUGGAGCAGCCAGGGGCCCCCGCGCGGCGCGCCCCGCUCCGGAAGCCCGGCCCGCGGCGCACUGGGGCCGGGGCGGAGGCCGGGCCCUGGGGCCCCCGCCGGCCGCGGCGCUCGUGGGUAGCGCCGUGUGGCGCGUGGAGCGCGCGGGGGCGCGGGGCUGGCGCUGGGAGCGCGCCGUCGGCGUGGACUGCAGCGCCCCGGAGCCGCGCUGCCUCUGGCUGCCCUGCCUCGCCCACAGCGACCGCCGCGCGCCGGGGCCGCGCCGCGCCAGGCUGCCCCUGGGCCCGAGAGAUGGGUGCUCGCCUGGACGCCCCCUCCCCUGGCAGGGGCCGCGGACCCUGCUGCUGCACAAAAGUCUCCAGGAUGGCUUUGGCUUCACCCUGCGCCACUUCAUCGUGUACCCGCCCGAGUCCGCCGUGCAGUGCAGCCUGAAGGAGGAAGAGAAUGGAGGCCGAGGAGGAGGAGGACCCUCCCCCCGGCACCACCGCCUGGAGCCCAUGGAUACCAUCUUUGUCAAGAAUGUGAAGGAUGAUGGCCCCGCCCACAGAGCGGGCCUGCGCACAGGAGACCGGCUGGUGAAGGUGAAUGGGGAGAGCGUCAUUGGGAAGACCUACUCCCAGGUCAUAGCUCUGAUCCAGAAUAGCGAUGAUACUCUGGAGCUCUCCAUCAUGCCCAAGGACGAAGACAUCCUCCAGCUGGCCUACUCCCAGGAUGCCUACCUGAAGGGGAACGAGCCGUAUUCUGGAGAGGCCCGGAGCAUCCCAGAGCCACCCCCAAUCUGCUACCCUCGCAAGACUUAUGCCCCGCCAGCCCGGGUCUCCACCUGGGCCACUAUGGUGCCUGAGCCCCUCUCAGCACUGCCCAGUGACCCCCGGAGUCCUGCCGCCUGGAGUGACCCGGGGCCCCGCGUCCCUUCUGCCGCCCGCACCCAUCUGGACAACUCUUCCUUGGGGAUGAGCCAGCCCCGCUCCAGCCCUGGUGCCUUCCCCCGCCUCCCCUCGGAGCCCCGGACGCCCCGUGCCUUCCCUGAGCCUGGCGGCCGGGUGCCCCCCAGCAGACUGGAGUGCCAGCAGGCCUUGUCACACUGGCUGUCAAACCAGGUACCCCGCAGGGCGGGGGAGAGACGGUGCCCUGCCAUGCCCCCCCGGGCCCGCAGUGCCUCCCAGGACCGGUUGGAGGACGUGACUGCCCACCGCCCAUGGCCCUGUUCCACCUCCCAGGGUGCCUUGAGCCAACUGGGUCAGGAAGGCUGGCACCGAGCUCGCUCAGACGACUACUUGAGCCGGGCCACCCGCUCCGCCGAGGCACUGGGGCCAGGAGCACUGGUGUCACCCCGUUUUGAGCGCUGCGGCUGGGCUUCCCAGCGUCCGUCUGCCCGCACCUCUGCCUGCUCCCCCAGGGACCUCCCCGCGCCCCAGGCCCCACCCCCACCUGGUCUCCAAGGCCUGGACGACAUUGGGUACAUUGGAUACCGGAGCUACAGUCCAUCAUUCCAGCGCCGGACUGGCCUCCUCCACGCACUCUCCUUCCGGGACACACCCUUUGGGGGGCUGCCCACCUUCAACUUGGCUCAGUCCCCGGCAUCGUUCCCACCGGAGGCCUCCGAACCGCCCAGGGUUGUCCGCCCAGAACCCAGCACCCGGGCUCUGGAGCCUCCCACUGAGGAUCGUCGCGACGAGGUGGUCCUGAGACAGAAGCCUCCCACGGGCCGCAAGGUCCAGCUGCCCCCUGCAAGACAGAUGAACCUUGGGUUUGGAGAAGAGUCCCCAGAGCCAGAGACCAGUGGGCGAGUAGAACGCCUGGGCAGGAAGGUGGCCCCUUUGGCCACUACUGAAGACUCUCUGGCUUCCAUCCCCUUCAUUGAUGAACCCACCAGCCCCAGCAUUGACCUCCAAGCCAAGCAUGUCCCUGCCUCUGCUGUGGUCUCCAGCGCCAUGAAUUCAGCCCCCAUCCUGGGUACCAGCCCAUCCUCCCCAACCUUCACCUUUGCCCUCGGCCGCCAUUACUCCCAGGACUGCAGCAGCAUCAAGGCUGGCCGCCGUUCCUCCUACCUGCUGGCCAUCACCACAGAGCGCUCCAAGUCCUGUGACGACGGGCUCAACACCUUCCGGGAAGAGGGCAGGGCUCUGAGGCGCCUGCCAAACCGAGUACCCAGCCUGCGGAUGCUGCGAAGCUUCUUCACUGACGGGUCCUUGGAUAGCUGGGGCACUUCCGAAGAUGCGGAGGCUCCCUCUAAGCGCCACUCGACCUCUGACCUCUCGGACGCAACCUUCAGCGAUAUCAGGAGAGAAGGCUGGUUGUAUUAUAAGCAGGUCCUCACCAAGAAGGGGAAGAAAGCGGGCGGCGGCCUGCGCCAGUGGAAGCGGGUGUACGCCGCGCUGCGGGCGCGCUCGCUCUCGCUGAGCAAGGAGCGGCGGGAGCCCGGGCCGGCGGCGGCGGGGGCGGCGGCGGCCGUCGCAGGUGAGGACGAGGCGGCGCCCGUCUGCAUCGGCUCCUGCCUGGUGGACAUCUCCUACAGCGAGACCAAGAGGAGGCACGUGUUCCGGCUGACCACCGCUGACUUCUGUGAAUAUCUCUUUCAGGCUGAGGACCGGGAUGACAUGCUGGGCUGGAUCAGAGCGAUCCGAGAGAACAGCAGGGCCGAGGGCGAGGACCCCGGCUGUGCCAACCAAGCUCUGAUCAGCAAGAAGCUUAAUGAUUAUCGCAAAGUAAGCCAUAGCUCUGGGCCCAAAGCUGAUUCCUCCCCCAAAAUCUCUCGUGGCCUGGGGGGCCUCAAGUCUGAGUUCCUCAAACAGAGUACUGCACGUGGCCUCAGGACUCAGGACCAGCCCGCGGGGAGCAAGGAUGACAGUGCUUCCCCUCCCAAAACCCCCUGGGGCAUCAACAUCAUCAAGAAGAACAAGAAGGCAGCCCCUAGGGCUUUUGGGGUCCGGCUGGAGGAGUGCCAGCCGGCCAUAGAGAACCAGCGGGUCCCCCUGAUUGUGGCCGCGUGCUGUCGCAUUGUGGAGGCACGGGGGCUGGAAUCCACGGGCAUUUACCGAGUGCCGGGCAACAAUGCGGUGGUGUCCAGCCUGCAGGAGCAGCUCAACCGUGGGCCCGGUGACAUCAACCUGCAGGAUGAGCGCUGGCAAGACCUCAAUGUGAUCAGCAGCCUGCUCAAGUCCUUCUUCCGAAAGCUGCCUGAGCCGCUUUUCACCGAUGACAAAUACAACGACUUCAUUGAGGCCAAUCGCAUUGAAGACUCAAGGGAGCGGAUGAAGACGCUCCGGAAGCUGAUCCGGGAUCUCCCAGGACACUACUAUGAAACGCUCAAGUUCCUCGUGGGCCAUCUGAAGACCAUUGCUGACCACUCGGAGAAAAACAAGAUGGAGCCCAGGAACCUGGCCCUGGUCUUCGGGCCGACGCUGGUGAGGACGUCUGAGGACAACAUGGCGGACAUGGUGACCCACAUGCCGGACCGCUAUAAGAUCGUGGAGACGCUGAUCCAGCACUCAGACUGGUUCUUCAGCGAUGAUGAGGACAAGGGAGAGAGAACUCCUGUGGAUGACAAGGAGCCUCAGUCAGUGCCCAACAUUGAGUACCUCCUGCCUAACAUUGGCAGGACAGUGCCCCCUGGUGACCCAGGUUCAGAUUCCACCACCUGCAGUUCAGCCAAGUCCAAGGGCUCGUGGGCCCCCAAGAAGGAGCCGUACGCCCGGGAGAUGCUGGCGAUCUCCUUCAUCUCGGCGGUCAACCGCAAGCGGAAGAAGCGGCGGGAGGCGCGGGGGCUGGGCAGCAGCACCGACGACGACUCGGAGCAGGAGGCGCACAAGCCCGAGGCGGGGGCGCCGGGGGCGCGGGACCAGCCGGAGGGGCCGCUGCCGGGCGGCGCCGCCGCCGCCGCCCCCCCCGCCCCCGCGGCCCCCGGCCGCCUCAGCCCCCCGGCGGGCGCGGGCGCCGGGCGGGGCGGUCCCCGCGCCGCGGAGCCGCCGGGCUCGGCCUCGUCCAGCAGCCAGGAGUCGCUGCGCCCCCCGGCGGCCGCGGCGGUGGCGGCGCUGGGCUCGCGGCCGUCGCGCAUCGAGGCGCUGCGGCUGCGCCUCCGCGGCACCGCCGACGACAUGCUGGCCGUGCGGCUGCGGCGGCCGCUGUCGCCCGAGACGCGGCGGCGCCGGAGCAGCUGGCGGCGCCACACGGUGGUGGUGCAGAGCCCGCUGACCGACCUCAACUUCAACGAGUGGAAGGAGCUGGGCGGCGGCGGCCCCCCGGAGCCCGCGGGCCCUCGGGCGCACAGCGACAACAAGGACUCGGGCCUCAGCAGCCUGGAGUCCACCAAGGCGCGGGCCCCGUCGUCCGCGGCCUCGCUGCCGCCCGGGAACCCGGCGGCCCUGCAGAGCCAGCCCCCGCGCCGCUCGGCCGCCUCCCGCCUCCACCAGUGUCUGUGACCGGCCGCCCUCCCCCAGUUUUCUCUGGCUUGCACCCCCUUCUCCUCUUGCCCCCCGGUGCGUCUGGCGCUGCAGGCCGCGCCUCCCUAGUUUGUGUGCGGGGACGGCCAGGAGGUGGGCAGGCGAGAAGGCCCGGCUGGACGAGCAGUUGUGGGGGGGACCCCGGAGGUAACAGGAGUGGGGGAGACGAGAGGGGCCAGGCUGCUAAGGGCUCUGUGACAGAGUGGGCCCUUCUGUGUCUGCACUUAGAGACCCUUGUUGGCCAUGGAGUGUGGGUAGGGAACCCCCAAGUCUCAGACUAAAGGAAAGACACAGGGUGAUGCUGGCUCUUGGCUUCUUUCCUCUGCCCCUGUCCAUUAGCUCCCAGCUCCCAGCUCCCAGCUCCUCGCUGAGGGGAAGGGGGUGAAUGUAUGCCAGGGGAGAGGAGACGGAGCAGGGUGGUGUCCCUGGGGGAAAGGGAGCCUGUGUGCCAGGGCGCGAGUCACUGUCAGAAGGUGUUUCCGUAGCAACUUCUGCCACUCCUGCCCCACCACGCUCACCAGGGCGCCCUGCCUUUGCUGCCUCCAGGGAUCCUGCCCCUGCUGCUUGUCAGAGCCAGGGAAGGAAGUUAGGGCUGCUCCACAGAGGCAGGACUGAGACUCUUACCAAGGUUACUCCCCUCACCAACUUUUUGCCAACCCUUAAACCACCCUCACUAAGCGUGUUGACCAUGGGGAGCUAGCUGCCCGUUCCCCAGAGACUUAGGGGAGGGUCCAGGGUCCCCCUCCCCCCCCCACCACUUCCCCAGGCCUCCCUUGCCUGUCUUUUCCUUCUUCCAGCUGUGCCUGCUUCUUCCACAACUCAGGCACACAGACCCCACCUUCUUCCUUUAGGAGGGGGCGUAGGAAACAUCCCUGGUGUCUCACUCUCUUUCUCUCUCCCUCCUCUCUCUGUCACACACCACACACACACACACACACACACACACACACGCGCACACUGAUUUAUGGGGUCUGAGCUGGGCUGUUCCUUCAGGAUGGGCGGGACCCAGCCCCCUCUUCUUCCCACACUUUGUAAAUAGACCUCAGACCACCAGGCCUCCCCACACAUGCCCUCACUUAUUCCAGGGAAGCCCGGGUGGGGUUGUGAACCCCACUGCCACGUCUGUCGGUCCUCUUGUUUUAUGCAAAGAUUUGCUGUAAAGUAGAUUUCUCUCUUCUCCCUCCCUGAUCCUUUUAUUGUAAAUAUUGUCUCUAAAUGUGUAACAUAUUAUAAAGAAUUUAUAAGGAUUUUUAAAGAUGUUUUGCUCAUUUAAAAAAGUGUUGUAACAGUGUUGGAUAAGCCUCUGGCCCCACGUGCGCAUGUCUCCUUUCACUGUGUCCUUGACACACCUCUCUAGGCGACAACUAAGAUUUCCUGCUUCUGAAAAGUCCUGUCUUAAAAGUAUAGUCUCUAUCUUGGAAAUAAAUGGCCUUCCUU